UCGACCGAAGAGGCAGAACCAUGGCAGGGUGUCGACAGACCGCCAGGCUGCUGGCGGCCAUGGCGGCAAUCAGCUGCAUGGCAGUGAUGAUCGGUGUCGUGACAGUCGUCAUGCACCACAGGAGCAUGCUGAAGCAGGUCAAACUGACAAACGCGAGGUCCGCGCUCAAGGCUGAGAUCAACAGGCAGCACAAGAUUGGUAGCCAGAUCAAGGCCUGGGUCGCUGCCUCUGCCAUGAAGUCGAACGGACAGGCUUUGAAGGCUCGCUUCCAGCAGCUCAUGGACGAUUCCAGCGUUCCCAUCCCUCUUGAACCGGAGUUUCAUGCCGCUCGUCAUGCGUUCCCAAUGCGCCGCAGGAGCUCGUUGAAGGUCGUUCCCUCCGAUGAUCAGAGCAAGAACGCCAAGGGCGGGAACGCUGAGUUGGAAGCCGCCCUUGAGAAAGCUGUGCUGUCGCAGGCUCAGCGCAUCAAGGAGCUGGAGGACAAGAUCUACCAGAUGUCAGACAAGAAGGCGGCUGCUCCUGCCAAGGAGGGCAAGAAGGCGGCUGCUCCUGCCAAGGAGGGCAAGAAGGCUCAUCGCCGUGUGAAGCACAAGCCUGCCCUGGGCUCUUGGGAUGCUGCCAUCGCUGCCAACAGCGCCGAGGCUGGUGCAGGAGCGCUCGGAACCAACGUGGCCUACCUCUACAACGACCUGCAGAAGAAGGGAAGGCACUUCGAGGUGUCGAGCAAGAGCCAUGGUCCCGACCUCUCCAACGUUGACGUUCACGGCAAGGGCGACUUUUCCCGCCCGCAGGAGGAGGACGUGGACUACUGGAACGAGGAUGAGGCGCAGGAGCCCAAGAAGACUGUGCGAUCAACGUCUGUGCGCAGUGCUGAGGUAGCGAGCAAGAGCGAGAAUUCUGCUCCUGCAGCGGAGGAGCAGCCAGCGACCGCAGCAGACGAGGAGGAGGAGGAGAAGUACUUGGAUCAGAAGCCUCCUCUAGGAUCCUGGGAGAUGGCGAAAUUCGCCAACAACGUGGAGGCCGGCGGAGGGUCGCUGGGAACCAACGUAGCAUACAUGUACGACAGCCUGAGCAACAAGGGACACUACAAGGAGGUGAAUCCCCCAUGGAAGGAGGUCGAGGACGGCUCUUCGGUCACUGAGUCCUCUAACGACGAUGAGUUCGAUCCUUGGGAAGAGUACAAGGCUACCAAGCAGCAGAAGUUGGCUCAGAGGAGGGUCAAGGAGGGCACCCGCCCCCCGGGGGAGUAG